CCCAUGCUACGCGGUUUAUUUACCGUUAAAUGCCAACUCAUAAAUAUCCAUCGACCUUUGAAUUUGAGUCCUUUUGUUCUCAAUUUCUUCAUCAAUCUCCCAAAUUUGAAACCCUCUCAAAAUUCCUCUCUCUCUCUCUCUCUGCAGCUAUGGGCGGUUCUCACAGUCGCGAAGGAGACCUUGAGUCCGAGUCCGAAGAAGAGCAAGAAGAAUCCGAACCCGAAUCCGAAGAAGAAGAGCAAGAACCAAAAACCCAAACCCCACCAGCGUCGACCUCCUCCCUUGAUUCAAUCGACUCCAAGCUCAAAGCCCUAAACCUCAAAUACUCCAAAUCUCCUUCGAACCCUAACCCUAACGCCGUCAAGCUCUACCUCCACGUCGGCGGCAGCUCUCCCGGCGCCAAAUGGAUCCUUUCUGAUAGGCUCACUACUUUCUCCUUCGCUCGAUCUCAGUCUGAAUGGGUUCUUAAUGUCGGAUCCAAGAUUAGGGUUCGGGUUGGACCCGAGCUCCAGCUCAAACCGUUUCCGGAUCACCUUCGAUCCGAUUUCGUCGCUGAUGGUGUUUGGGCUCUGAAGUUUUUCACUAAGGAAUCAUUUGCUAGCUUUCAGUUGCAAUAUCAGAGCUGUUUGUUUGAAAAUACUUAUGGGUUUGAGGCAAAUGAUGAGAAUAAAAAUAGGGUUUUUGGAAAGGAUUUUCAGGCUUGGGCGAAACCUGAAGUUGCUGAUGAUUCGAUAUGGGAGGAUGCUGAGGAGAGCUUCGAGAAGCCUCCGGUGAAAGAAAGGCGAGAUCUUUUGGAGGAAUUCGAGGAGGCGGCGAAUGAGGGGAGCAAGAUUCAGAGCCUUGCAUUAGGGGCUUUGGAUAAUAGUUUCUUAGUCGGGGAUUCGAGUGUUCAGGUUGUUAGGAAUUUCAGCCAUGGAGUCCAUGGGAAGGGUUUAAGUGUUAAAUUCUCAGGCAGUGGUGGUCGUGGGAAUUAUGGGUUCUCGACCCCUAAGAAGGCUCUAUUGAUGAAGGCAGAGUCGAAUAUGUUGCUGAUGAGCCCAGAUAAUCAGGAGAGGCUGGAGCAUUCGACUGGAGUUCAUCAGCUUGAUGUUGAAACAGGGAAGAUUGUGACAGAGUGGAAAUUUGAGAAGGAUGGGGCUGAUAUAACAAUGAGGGAUAUUGCAAAUGACAGUAAAGGGUCACAGUUGGAUCCUUCAGAAUCUACAUUCUUGGGUUUGGAUGAUAGUAGGCUGUGUAGGUGGGAUAUGAGAGAUAAGAGGGGAGUUGUUCAGAAUAUUGCAAGCUCCCCAGUAUUAGAAUGGACACAGGGGCAUCAAUUUUCCAGAGGUACAAACUUUCAGUGCUUCGCGUCGGCCGGUGAUGGAUCAAUUGUAGUGGGCUCACUCGAUGGGAAGAUUCGACUAUAUUCGAAGAGUUCUAUGAGGAUGGCAAAGACUGCAUUUCCAGGGCUUGGGUCGCCGAUUACUCAUGUGGAUGUUACUUAUGAUGGGAAGUGGAUACUGGGGACAACAGAUACAUAUUUGAUUCUUAUAAGUACUGUUUUCAAGGAUAAGGAUGGGAGGGAGAAGACUGGAUUUAGUGGGAGGAUGGGGAAUAGGAUUGCAGCGCCGAGGAUGUUGAAGCUUACUCCUCUUGAUGCCCAUUUGGCAGGGAAGGAUAAUAAGUUCCAUGGUGGCCAGUUCUCAUGGGUCACAGAGAAUGGUAAGCAAGAAAGGCACCUUGUGGCAACUGUGGGGAAAUUCAGCAUCAUUUGGAACUUCCAGCAGGUGAAGAACAGCAAACACGAGUGCUACCGCAACCAGGAAGGAUUGAAGACUUGCUACUGUUACAAAAUCGUUCUCAGGGAUGAAUCUAUUGUUGACAGCCGAUUCAUGCAUGAGAAAUUUGCUGUGAGUGAUUCUCCAGAGGCUCCACUGGUUGUUGCAACUCCACAGAAAGUGAGCUCAUUCAGCAUAUCAAAUCGGCACUGACUUUGUGCGUAUUUUAUCCUCAAGAGUUUCUCCCUGCCUUUUGGUUUUCUGAUUUUCCAUUUUCAUGUACAUGUCUUAUGUAAAUUUCUGUGCAUUUUAAGACGAGAUAAUGAUGUUGAUUGAUUUGAUUGUGGUGUUUAUAGUUUGAUUAUAGUUGUUGAUUGUGAAUAAUGAAGUUUGUACGAAAAAAUAUAUAUAGAGUGAACUAUUUCUGUAGA